AUGGAGCUGAUCGUGGGCACGCACCCCGUCUUCAGAGAACUCCACACUGAGGUCACGUCCUCAGGACCCCCACACCGAGGACACGCUCUCAGGACCCCCAUCACCGAGGACACGGCCACAGGACCCCCAUCACUGAGGACACACGCUCAGGACCCCCACACCGAGGACACGCCCUCAGGACCCCCAUCACCGAGGACACGCCCUCAGGACCCCCAUCACCGAGGUCACGCCCUCAGGACCCCCCACACAGAGGAUAUGCUCUCAGGACCCCCAUCACCGAGGACAGACCCUGAGGACCCCCACACCGAGGACACGCCCUCAGGACCCCCAUCACCGAGGACAGAGCCUGAGGACCCCCACACCGAGGACACGCCCUCAGGACCCCCAUCACCGAGGACACGCCCUCAGGACCCCCAUCACCGAGGUCACACCCUCAGGACCCCCCACACAGAGGAUAUGCUCUCAGGACCCCCAUCACCGAGGACAGACCCUGAGGACCCCCACACCGAGGACACGCCCUCAGGACCCCCAUCACCGAGGUCAUGCCCUCAGGACCCCCCACACAGAGGAUAUGCCCUCAGGACCCCCAUCACCGAGGACACGCCCUCAGGACCCCCACACCGAGGACACACCCUCAGGACCCCCAUCACCGAGGACACGCCCGCAGGACCCCCACACCGAGGACACACCCUCAGGACCCCCAUCACCGAGGACACGCCCUCAGGACCCCCACACUGA